AUGCUGUUGGGGAUUUCUGCCCAAUCCCCCCUUGCAAAACUCAGCCUGUCGAUCUAUAUUUCUUUCUUUCUUUUUUUCUUUCUUUCUUCACACCACUUUUCUCACCUAAUUUACAAAUUUUCACUCAAAUUUUCGUUCAUUUUUUUUUUUCGUUCAUUUGUUUCUUAUUUUUCUUCAUUCAUUUUUCCGUCCCAGAUAAUUUUUCUUUCUUUCUUUAUUUUCUUUCUUUCUUUCUUUCUUUCAAUCUUUCUUUCUUUAUUUUUCUUCUUUCUUUCUUUCUUUCUUUCUUUCUUUCUUUCUUUCUUUCUUUCUUUCGCUUCAAAUUUUCCCUCCACUUCACUUAAUAGUCCUCCUUCCUUCCUUCCUUCCUUCCUUCCUUCCUUCCUUCCUUCCUUUCUUUCUUUCUUUCUUUUACAAAUUCUUCAUUUUAAAUAUUCUUUUCUUUGUUCAUUUUCUUUCCUUUUCUUUUUUUUUUUUCUUUCUUUCUUUUUUCUUUUUCAUGUUUUUAAACAAUUCAUAAUAUUCUUUCUUUCUUUCUUUUCUUUCUUUUCUUUCUUUCUUUUUUUUUUUUCUCUAAGAGAAUUUUCUUUCUUUUUUUUCAGUGAAUAUAUAUUUGUCUUUCUUCUUCAAAUGAAUUACUUUUUUCAUUCUUUCCUUCCCUGGAUAUCAUCUUUAUCUUCGUUUUUUUCUUUUUUUCUUCCUUUCAUUUUUUUUUCCCUCACUUGCAUAAUUUCUUUUCUUUCUUUUCUUUCUUUCUUUUUUUCUUUUCUUUCUUUUCUUUCUUUUUUAAUUUUUCCUUUCAAUUUUCAUAAUGUUGAAUUCUCUUUCUUUCUUUCUUUAUUUCUUCUUUCCCCCCAUCCACUUCACAUAAUAUUCUUUCUUUCUUUUCUUUCUUUCUUUCUUUCUUUCUUUUACGUUUUCCUUUCAAUUUUCAUAAUGUUGAAUUCUCUUUCUUUCUUUCUUUAUUUCUUCUUUCCCCCAUCCGCCCUUUUCAUUUCUUUUCUUUUCUUUUUUCUUUCUUUCUUUUACGUUUUUCCUUUCAAUUUUUUUUUGCUGUUGAAUUCUCUUUCUAUCUUUUUAUUUCUUCUUUCCCCAUCCACUUCACAUAAUUUCUUUCUUUCUUUUUUCUUUCUUUCUUUCUUUUCUUUCUUUUUUUAA